AUGAGUCUUUUUCGUUUUAUUCGUUCUUUACUGGGGCGGAAUACCAAGUCUGUGGUAGGUAUUGGCAAUGCUGGACGUAUCAUUUGGGUUGACUGUGAAAUGACUGGACUUGAUGUGAACAGUAAAUCGAUUGUCGAGAUUGCUUGUGUUGUAACCGAGGCAGAUUUGACAGUAAUGUUUCCAUUCCCGAAUUCACAACAGCAGAUCAUCGAGGAAGGAGUGAGUAUCGUUAUAUCGCAGUCACAAGAUGCUCUUGAAGAAAUGGAUGACUGGUGCAAAACAACGUUUUCCGCUAAUGGUCUUUUGCAAGAAAUUUUUUCCAGUACGAUUACUAUGCAGGAAGCUGAAAACGAGGUACUAACAUAUGUUAGGCGUCAUACCAGCUCCAAUGUCUGUCCUCUUGCUGGUAAUUCUGUUGGUAUAGAUCGAAUUUUUCUUCAGAAAUUCAUGCCUACAUUUGCCAAUCACUUACAUUACCGAACCAUCGAUGUUUCAUCUGUAAAAGAGUUAGUACGCAGAUGGUACCCAUGGUUAAUCACAAGCAUACCACAAAAGCAGUGUGAACAUCGAGCACUUGAUGAUAUUUAUGAAAGUAUAAAAGAACUCCAGUGGUAUAAAAAGAAUAUCUUCAUUCCAUAA